AUGGCGAAUAGUUUGUCAUUUAGAAGCAUACUUGAUGCAAACAAGUUGACAGGCCCAAAUUUCAUUUACUGGUUUUGUAAUAUCAAGAUUGUCUUAAAACAAGAGAAAGAGGCUUAUGUCCUAGAUGGUCCUGUUCUCGAGGUACCUAGCGAUGAUGCUAUAAAUGAGGAAAAUGAGGCCUAUAGAGUUUAUAUGGAUGAUCUUGAUCAAGCUACAUAUAUGAUAUUGGCUAGUAUGGCUCCAGAUCUUCAAAAUCAACAUGAAGCUAUGAAUGCCUUGGAUAUUACCCUAAACCUUAAAGAAAUGUUCAAUAAGAAAAGUCACACAGAGAGAUUCGACAUUUUAAGGGAAUUUUUCCGAUGUAAGAUGUCUGAGGGAAACCCAAUAAGGCCUUAUGUGCUGAAGAUGAUAGAAUAUAUCACUCGACUUGAGCAGUUGGGUUAG